CUGACUCUCCUUCCACCACCCUUCACUCACCUUACCCCCCUGUCCUGCUUGGCCAGAGCCCCUCAGUCCCGGUCAGAGAGAGAUCCAACACAGGUUGCACUUUCAAGACCCUACUUUCCUCUCUUAAAGGAUACUGACACAAGCUGACAUAUUGCAGACAACAUGUCUCAGCAUUCUCUGAUGUCAACACAGGAGAGGAAAAUGCAGGCGGCUGCCAUUUGUAGAGAGAUCCAUGCCACUAAUGAACCAGAGAUGGAUCUGGGAAGGAAGGUUAGUGCACCAAAGGAAAUAAUGUUGGAAGAACUUUCCUUAGCCUCAAACAGGGGCUCUCGUCUCUUCAAGAUGCGUCAGAAACGCUCAGAGAAAUAUACCUUUGAAAGUAUUCAGAAUGAAGUCAACAUACAACACAGUAGUGAUGCCAUUACUCCAGGUCAAAAUCCAGAAAUGACAGACAUUUUGGCAAAUGGUCUUGGAGUUGACCAGGCCUCAAAAACAUCCAACCAUGAAAGUAUUGCCCCAGGUUAUGGUGGUCCUUUAAAGGAUGUUCCAUCAGAGAAGUUCAACAGUACAGCAAUGCCCAGAUCCUAUCAGUCCCCCUGGGGACAGGCCAUCAUUAAUGACCCUUCUCUGGUUGAUACGCUGGUCACCCGUAUGCCUGAACCUGAGCCCAGGCAUGAGAUACCAAAAUACAAGAGCUUCAACAGGGUGGCGAUUCCAUUUGGUGGCUUUGGCAAGGCACCCAGAGCCCCUGUUAAACCUCUUGAUGUGGAUCUUGGCCAUGGCAUUCCCAGUCCCUUACCAAAAGCACCUCUAGCUGACCCCGUGAUCAAGCGGCCCACAUUCAACAGAACAGCCUCGGGCUGGAUUGCUGACAGUGCCCCUCUUAUACUUCCUACUGUCCCACUUGAGCCCAUAUCAUCCAUGUCUUCCACAUUUAUCCCUGAGUCAGAUGAGCUCUGAGCAUUAUCCCAGUCUUGUGCACUUCAUUGCCACUGUAAUACAAGAGGCACUCUCAAAGAAUUUUUAUUAUAACUAAUAUUGUUACAUGGUUGAAUCAGGCUAGGCCAGGAAUUACAGUAUAUUACUGAUAUUUCUUUUUAUUCUCUUUGAAGAACAAAAAUGGCCCUCGGUACAAACAACUGACAGUAAAUUUACAGGUCAAUACAUAAUUGAUCCCAAAGGUGAAACUUGGUAACUUUGGCAUACUGAAAAAUUUGUAUUCAUUCUAAAGUAAGGCAUAUUUUCUACCAAACAAUUGUUUAUGCAGCAACGGAACUAUUUUCUGUGGAUGACUGGAAUUGUCUCCUAAAGUUUAAGUUCCACAUAAAAAGUCAAAUAGAUCUAUAAGAUGCCAACUUCACAAAUCUUAUGCAACCCAAAUAUGGGCUUGCUGAUAUAUACCUGUAUAAACCUGUAAAUAUACAUGUAUAAAUGUCUGGUGACAUCAACAUAUAUAUUUUAAUUAAUGAAUAAAAUAGUUUAAUGAACUUAUGUUCAUUUUCAUGUAUUUUCAAAUCAUUCAAAUGACAGUCACAACAGCUUUAUGGUUUUGUGCUACUGUCAGGAUCCCGUCACAACCGUCUGCUUUGUUUAUAGUUCCAGGGUUGCAAACUCUGGUUACCUGGUUGGACUGAGAUUUUGAUGACAUAGGCUGAAUCAAUCACGCAUGCAUUAUUUGUAUUAGUAGCCUUAACAUCUUAAAUGUGCAACACCAAACCCUAUCAACCAUUUGAUUUAAACCCCACAAUGAAAAAAAUGAUCUGUUUUUCUGCAUGCUUACACUAAUUAAAUUGCCAUUGAAAA